GACACCGCGGGGGGACACGGCCCCCCGGGACCCCCGGGACCCCCGGACACCGCGGACACCGCGGACACGCCGGACACUGCGGACACUCAGGGCACUCCGGACACCGCGGACACUGCGGACACUCGGAGCACUGAGCACACUCAGGGCACUCUGGACACACCGGACACUCAGGAAUAUUCAGGACAAUCGGGACACUGCGGACACUGCGGACACUCCGGACACGCCGGACACUGUGGACACUGUGGACACUCGGGCCACUGAGGACACUCAGGAAUAUUCAGGACAAUCGGGACACUGCGGACACUGCGGACACUCCGGACACGCCGGACACUGUGGACACUGUGGACACUCGGGCCACUGAGGACACUCAGGAGUAUUCAGGACAAUCGGGACACUGCGGACACUGCGGACACUCCGGACACGCCGGACACUGUGGACACUCGGGCCACUGAGGACACUCAGGAGUAUUCAGGACAAUCGGGACACUGCGGACACUGCGGACACUCGGGACGCUCGGGACACUGAGGAUACACUGGACACUCCGGACAGGCUGGACACUCGGGACACUGAGGACACUGAGGACGCUCCGGACACUGCGGACACUGCGGACACUCGGACACUGCGGCCAGACCGGACACUUGGACACUCAGACACUUGGACACUCAGACACUCGGACACUGGGACACUGGGACACUCGGACACUGGGACACUCGGACACUGGGACACUCGGACACUCGGACACUGGGACACUGGGACACUGGGACACUGGGACACUCGGACACUGGGACACUCGGACACUGCAGACACUCGGACACUGGGACACUGGGACACUGGGACACUGGGACACUCGGACACUGGGACACUCGGACACUCGGACACUGGGACACUCGGACACUGGGACAUUGGGACACUCGGACACUGGGACACUCGGACACUGGGACACUCGGACACUCGGACACUGGGACACUCGGACACUGGGACACUGCGGCCGGGCCGGCAGGCGGCCAUGGAGGAGGCGGUGGUGAAGCAGGGCGGGCUGUACCUGCAGCUGCAGCAAACCUUCGGCAAGAAGUGGAAGAAGUUCUGGGCCGUGCUGUACCGGGAGAGCUCCUGCUCCACGGCGCGCCUGGAGCUGCUGGAGGGCCCCGAGCGGGCGCGCAAGGCCGAGGGCGGCCGGCGCCUGGUCCGGCUCAGCGACUGCGUCCACGUGGCCGAGGCGGGCGGCGACGCCGCCUGCCCCAAGGACACCGUCCCCUUCCUGCUGGAGACCACCGAGCGCCGCUUCCUGCUGGCCGCCGACGGCGCCGAGGCGGCCGAAUGGAUCCGGCGGCUGUGCGAGCUGGCGUUCCCGAGGAGCCGGGAGGAGCCGGGAGCGGCCAAGGAGGGCGCGGAGGGCGAGCUCUCCAUGGAGGAGAAUUCCCUGUACAGCUCGCGGGGCAAAGGUGGGAGCGGGGCCGGGGCUCCGCGGG